CACUGGAUGAGUGUGCUCUGUUCUGUCGCUCUCCACAUUUGGAAGCCUUUCGAAAUCACUCAGGAUGCUGUCAGGGAAAAGGGUCAAACUGGUCCUUUUCGAGGUGGUCCAGUUCGCGUGUCUCAGUGUGCCUCUGUUCGUGAUCAUGGAGCGCUUUGCCUCCUUGAUGCGCCACGUCCGAGGAGGGGACCUGACGGCGUAUUGGCUGGUGGUGGCUGCCUCCAUUGCCUAUGUGACUACAGUGUCCUUACUGGUGUGGGUGCCUCUGAAAUACUUCAUUCUGACGUCCAAGAGAUUCAUCUCUGAAAUAACAGCUUGGAGACCAAUAACACUGGCUUACGUGAUUGUGUGUCCAUUGCCGUGCUUUGGCAUUCUCCUGGCUGGCUGCAAGGUGCAAGUAGAUGGUGGUCACCGUUUGGAUCGUUUCACAGAGUUGGCUGUGUCCUUGGUACUACUAUCUCUGGUCAUUUUGGACGUUGUCGAAAGAUAUCGGCCUUUCCGCCUCACUGGUCAAGCUGAGGGUCUGGAGGAGAACUAUGAGCCCUCACCUGUCCUCACACACCUGGAGCAGGUGACCACGGUGUCGUCCCAGGUCGGUGACGAGCUAGGCGAGAACGGCUCGGCGCACCAGACAGAGCCAGGGACCGGCUCCUCACGGGGUCACUGGAGGGACAGCAUACGGCCCACCACGACGUCCUACCUCUACUCCUCGUCCAGCUCGUCACGCUUCUCCACCGGACGCCUGCGCCCGCUGUGCAUCAGAGACUCGAGGGUGGACGCUCUGGUGGAGUGCUUCCUCUUCUGGAUGGACACCACAGAGAUGGUUCGGGUAGCAGAGGUGCCCGCUGUGUACUAUACAAACUGGGUCUUUCCCAUCUAUAUCCUGGCCUAUCUCUCCAUGCUGCGGCUGAUAGUCACUCCCAAUAGCCCACUGCUGCCAUUUUUAGGGUUUGUCUUGCAGGACUUGCCCUUCCUGGUCAUCAGACUAUGCCUGUUUGGUGUGUUUGGCUAUGUCACACCCUUGUUGUAUAUCAUGAAGAACCUAUUUGUGUGCCUAGCUUAUGUGUAUUUCAUCUUCAUGACCAGGCUUAAGAUCUUCAACAGGACAAGCAUGUUUUGAGGACUAUGGUCUAUGGACAUAUGACCUUACAACCUUGAGAUUGUUGAAUAUU